UACACAGCCCCAUACAAUCCCGGUAUCCUACACCCCACCACCCUUUAGCCCUCUCUCUCUCUCUCUCUCUCUCUCUCCUCUAUCAAACACCCACAGAAUUUCCUUUCUCAUUCGACUUAAAAAAAAAGAAGGAAAUGUUGGUUUCGGUGUUUCUUGCACUGUUUCUACCGUGCGCCGGCAUGAGCGCAGUGUUCGUGGUCUACUUAUGUCUGUUGUGGUACGCGGCGAACAUCGACAGCAACCGGACUGAUUACCGGCUACCGGAGAAACCGGAGGAGAAGAGUGGUCUGACGGCGGCGGAGCUGGAAAAGCUGCCCAAGAUUACGGGAAAGGAAUUGGCGAUGGGGACGGAGUGCGCGGUGUGUCUGGACGAGAUAGAGGUGGAUCAACCGGCUCGGCUGGUACCCGGUUGCAAUCACGGGUUUCAUCUACAAUGCGCCGAUACGUGGCUUUCCAAAAACCCUGUUUGCCCUGUUUGCAGGGCUAAGCUCGACCCUGAGUUUUUUAACCCUCCUCAAGACAAUCCCUGCUAGAGAGAGAGAGAGAUUGUGGAUUCUCUGUUUUCAUGGUUUUAAUUGUUUAUUUUAUUUUAUUUUUUUGAAAUUUUAUUGGGUUUUUAGAGAUGGUGAUUAGUCUUUUUUUGAUAUAUGUUUGUGUCUGGGUGAUCAUGAGGUUCUUUAGAACUACAUAAAACACAACCUUCUUCUGUAAAUAUAUAUAUAUAUAUAUUUUUAUAAUAAAACUUUAUGUAUAAUACAGGUUU